AUGAACUUGCUCAUGGAUAGCCUGCCGUCGCAUGCGAAUCCCGCCGUGCGUCGCACAACGCCGCCGCAACAGCAGACCGAGCUACGCAUCUCCACCAGCCCCACAGCAACAGCAGCAACAAUGACACAGCAGCAACAACAGCAGCAGCAACAGCAGCAGCAGCAGCAUUCCAACAACAACAUUAACAACAACAACAACAAUGAAACGCCCAGCGUCAAGACGACAUUGAAACGCUCCUUUGAUGUGGCCUUUCUGAUGAUGCCCGAUGAGCGCAUCAAGCAGAAGCAGGCCGAGAAGCAGGCACGCCUGCAGGAGGCACUGCAGCAACAGCAGCCGCUGCAGUUGCAUCACUUUCCCACGGAUCUGUCACCGCGUGCCGCCGCAUCACAGCCGCCCUCGCCGGCGGCUCUGGAGUAUAUUAGUCUGCUGGAGGCGCGCCAACGCUAUCCACAGCUGAUGAUGCGCUCGCCGCGCGUCUAUGAUGAUCCGACGUUGGUUAUACCGCUGGUGGACUCGCCAGAGGCAACAGUGUCGCCGCCGCCGCAGCCGUUGCGUAGCGCCUUCACGAAGGUGGCCUCCUCGCUGUCCAGCUCCUCGUCGCCCUCGACGGUGUCGCGGCUGGAGUCGCCGGUGGAUGUGAGUGCGCCACCGCUCAGCCCGGAUCAGUUGAGCUGUCAUUCCAUGAGUCCACCUGUGGUGGCCACGCCUCCACCGCGCACCAGCAGCGGCGGCGGUGGAGGUGGCGGUGGUGGUAACAAUACAACAGCGCCCAACACUUUACCCAACGGCAUGCCUAGCAAUCCCAUCAUGUACCACAACUUUCGGCCCGAGUAUCAGUUCAAUGGCGCCUUUCAGGCCGUGAAUCCCAUGCAGGCGCUUCAGGCACAGCAGAGACUCAAACAGCAACUGCUCUACAGGCCGCCCACGGCGCCCAAUGGCCACAGUCCCAAUGGCUGCUCAUCGAAUCCCUCAUCGCCGCCAACGGGUCCGCCACCGGAGUUUCUGCAUGCCGCUUACCCAGGAUUUGGUCAUCCUCCGCAUCCCUUUGCGGUGGCUCAGCCACUGCAAAAUCCCGCUGCAGCAGCGAUUCUCUCCACGCUCAUACCACCGACGCUGGCUUCCACCUUCACGCUGACCGCACAGAAUGUGUGCGCCAAGUGCAACAUUAGCUUCCGCAUGACCAGCGAUCUGGUCUACCACAUGCGCUCCCACCACAAGAGCGAGGUGGCCUGCGAUCCGAAUCGCCGCAAGCGCGAGGAGAAACUGCGCUGUCCCGUCUGUCAGGAGACAUUUCGCGAACGGCAUCAUCUCACGCGGCACAUGACCGCGCAUCAGGACAAGGCCAGCGAUCAUCAGCCAACGCCGGAGGAGUCCAACAACGACAAUGAGAUUAUCAAUGUGGGUGGCGGCACACCGCCAGGACGUAGAUCUGGAGGUGGCUCCAAAUGA